UUGUCCAUCUUCACCGGCGAGUCUCAUGACGAACGCCGCCACUUAACGGCAGUAGCUGCACAUCCGACCGAGUUCAUUGUUGCCACGGGAAAUCGCAUAGGUGAGAUUUUUAUCUGGUAUGGAUUGGCUAUCGGAUCUGCAGCAAUGAACUCAACCGAUUGGUUAAGUAUGCUGCUCCCGAAUCCCGAUAUUUUGGAAGAUGACGCGGAUUCCGGCACCGUCGGCACUUUUCCAUCUCACUCAGCUGAUGCGCAGUUUGAUGACAUCCGGCAGUUACUGCUUGAGAAACACCGUAAAAACCAUAUUCUUCCUUAUUGCCCAGUGCAUCCAUCGCGGGUACGGAAGAACCUCCUGCAUUGGCAUUGUCAGAUUGUGACCAGUCUUUGUUUCACACCGACAGGCAGUCACUUGCUUUCCGGAGGGUUGGAACGAGUUUUGGUGAAAUGGGAUAUGACUGAAUGUCUUGGCGGACCCAGACAGCGUCGUUUCCUCCCUCGUUUAUCUGCACCCAUUCAGUCUAUCGAUAGCCCCGGCGGACCGUCAGAAGAUACUAUUGUGAUGACAUUAUCUAGUAAUGGAUUACUGAUUGACCACCAGUAUGGCUUCCAAGAGCGUCGUUCCACCGGUGACCUGCUGGCUCUUAUCUCACUGGGCGAUGGUGGCGAAGUGGUUAAGUAA